GUCCAUGAUAUAUGCAUAGGAAAUCGGUCAAAUCAGUUGUGGGGGUUUCGAAGCGGCAGGAGACAACUAAACCGGAUGAAGAUUGAAGUUACACUGGUAUCUCAAAAACUCCGUGAUAAGUGUACAUUGGAUGUGGUUGACAUAGCGCAUCCAUGAGCUUAAAGGUAAGUUCUAAGGGUUUUCUUGCCUCAGGCAUAACUUCAAAGAACCCCGUCGCGUCCAUUUCUCAAUCACUUGUUUUCGUAGUCCAGCGAGAGUCAAAAUAGUUACACAAUUCAACAUGGCUCUACCUUCACCUCCUGGAUUAACGCCAAUGGAAGUUGCAUUUCUAUGUGAAAUGGAAAUGGUUACAGUCGUCCCUCGACAAAGACUUGAGAGUCUCGAUUUAUUAGGUGUAAGCUACCCCGCCAUUUACCCCUCCAACAACAAAUACAAUACUCAAAAACUCGAAGCUUAUAUCAAACCUUCCGCCUCUAGGGCAAGACACCUUCUCUAAGGCCACCGCAUCGUGCACCUUUACCUCUAUGGCUCGCUCUGUUACUCAAACGACAGCGUCGCGCGAAUAUCCUACCACCUCCAUGGCUUCAUCCUCAAUCUCUCGAUAGAAUCCUCAAAAUGGAAACUGAUAAUCCUGAAGGCUUUUCCCCUCCUCCUUCUCUAGAUCCUCGCACACCAUCCACAGUAUCUCCUCCAUUCCUUCCUUCGAAUACGGCAGAUUCUUCACCAGAUUGUUUACCAUACCAUUGGAUUGAUAUGGGCGAAAUAUUACUAGAAGCUGCGGGUGAUGAUAUACAGGAUCCGGAUAAAGUUCGAGAACUACUUAGAGAUUUAAGGGAAGUGAGAAUGGCAAAAAUGAGGAGCAGUACGCUAGCAGUUGAAGGAGGCGGCUUGACUAGUCUACAAGGUGUUGGUGCAAUGGAGGUUAGUGAAGGACGAGGGUUCAUUACAGGAGUUAUGGAUGGACUACGAAAAUUAGGAGCUUCUAGGGAAGUUUCCAGGAGGGAAAAAGAACAAGAAGGUGCUGAGAGCGGAGGUGAUGGUAAUAGUGAGGAUGAAGGUAUGGAGUUAUGAUCAAGAUGAAAUUGGUUCUGCGGCAUUUAUGAUAUACUGGGAGGAUUGGCGUUGAAAGGAUAUUAUGGUAUAUACCAGGUUUGUACUGUAUAUUUGGAUGAUGGGCAAGCGUUUUACGCCAUGAAGGAUGUGAUGGCUUGCCAGAUUUGCAAGACUAGUUAACAUCUAGUGUGUGGUACUAAAUUCACGAUCGCGUCAUGCUUUUCAUCA